CGGCCCCCUUUUUUCAUAUGCCAUUGAGCCACCACUUUUCCUUCGUGCGCUUCAGCCUGGUCAGACCAGCAUUGUAUGAAUCGCUGACGACGCUGAUGCUGGUGGUCUCAGAUUCAAAUUCGCUCGGGCACGGAGACCUCCGCGAUAAUGGGUCUUGAAUUGAGGAAGUUACUGCCUUUCAUGCAUGGAGUAAAAAAGGGACAUGUUUCAAAGAAGAUCAUUCUGCCAUUCUAGUACGUAGUAACUUCUUCUGUGUACGUAAAAUCAGAGAGAAUAGUGCAGCAAGAGAGAGCAACUUAUCAAGAUUUUGAGCAGACUGAUGGAGUGUAACAAAGAUGAUGCAGUCAGGGCUAAAGAAAUCGCUGAUAGAAAGUUCACGGAAAGGGAUUAUGCUGGUGCAAAGAGAUUUGCUCUGAAGGCUCAGAGUUUAUAUCCUGGACUUGACGGCCUUACUCAGAUGUUGACUAUUUUCGAUGUACAUUUAUGUGCGGAAAAUAAGUUAAGUGGGGAGGUAGACUGGUAUGGCAUUCUGGGCGUGAACCCUUGGGAUAAUGAUGAACUAAUCAGGAAGCAGUACCGAAAACUUGCACUUAUGCUACACCCUGAUAAAAACAAGUCUCUAGGUGCCGAUGGUGCAUUUAAGCUGGUUUCGGAAGCAUGGAGUCUAUUAUCAGAUAAAUCUAAAAGGGUGGCCUACAAUCAGAGGAGGAAUUCACGAGUUUCCAACCAAAAAACUCCUAGUGCCAGCACUUAUCCAUCAGCAGCACCCCAUCGAAACGGUACCUAUUAUGAUAACGUUGGUUCGAAUGUGAGGACGCAGCAUACGAGUACUCGGGGCAACACAACUCCUGCACCUGCUUAUAAGAAAGCUGAUACAUUUUGGACUAUUUGCAGUAGAUGCAAGACCCACUACGAAUAUCUCAGGAUAUAUCUCAACCACAAUCUCCUUUGCCCGAAUUGUCAUCAGGCUUUCUUUGCAGUAGAGAAGGCACCACCUGCACAUGUUUUUAAAUCAUCAAACUUGCCUUAUGACCAGAUGCAACAGAACUCCAAGUAUCAUGCUGGUGGGAGUAACAAAUCUGCUUCUGGAGUAUCAGCUUGUACUGCUACUCAAGGUCCAAGUAGAGUUCACAAUCAAGUAGCUUCUGAAAGUGAGAGAAGUAACUUUUUUAGGAGGGAGGAAUUUAUUCAUAAAGGGGAGAAUCCACUGAAGAAAAGAAAAAUGGAUGAACAUCAUUCCCAUGUUUUCGGAGGUUCUGUGGCAAACGAGAUGGAUGGAAUGUACUAUUUUUCUGGUAAAAAGAAGAUGCACUCCGCGAGAGAGUUGUCGUAUACAGAAACACGACAAAUGUUGAUGGAGAAGGCACUGGUUUCGAUCCAAAAGAAACUGAAGGAGUGGUCCCCUGCAGUUAAAGAAAAUAAACCAGAUAAAAGGGUUGAACAAGCAAAAGAGAGGAAAGGCAUGCCUGAGGGUGAAGGAAAACAGGAUGGCACUCACGUAGAUAUGAAGCAUGUUGAGGCUUUUGCUCCCUUGUCGAUCAACGUUCCAGAUUCUGAUUUUCACAAUUUUGAUUUGGACCGUAGUGAAAGUUCCUUUGAAGUUGACCAAGUAUGGGCCUCAUAUGAUGAUGAUGACGGGAUGCCUCGAUUCUAUGCUAAAAUCCAGAAAGUUAUCUCUCGGAAGCCAUUUAAGAUACAGAUCAGUUGGCUCAACUCGAAAAGCAGUGACGAGUUUGGCCCCCUUGACUGGAUAGGGUCUGGUUUCACCAAAACUUGCGGUGAAUUUCGGGUUGGCAGGCCUGAAACUAGUACCGCCCUAAAUGCAUUUUCACAUAGGGUAGUCUGGACGAAAGGUCUACGCGGGGUCAUAAGCAUAGUUCCUAGGAAAGGGGAAAUCUGGGCUCUUUACAGGAACUGGUCCUCCAACUGGAAUGAGCACACGCCGGGUGAAAUUAGGCACAAAUACGAUGUGGUGGAAGUUCUCGAGGACUAUAAUGAGGAGCAAGGUGUGUUUGUUGCUCCUCUAAUAAAGAUUGCUGGUUUCAGGACAGUGUUUCGUAGGCUCAUGGAUCCGAAGGAAAUGAAGCGGGUCCCAAAAGAAGAAAUGUACAGCUUCUCUCAUCAGGUUCCUGAUCACAUGCUCACUGGCCAAGAAGCUGCGAAUGCUCCCAACGGGUGCCGGGAGCUGGACCCUGCUGCUAUGCCUGUAGAACUCCUCCAAGUGAUACCGGAAGCUGAAACGUUCACGUGCUAAGGCUAAUGAAAGCAAUGGUGAAGAGAAGUUUAAGGACAAUGAAAAUGGUCCAGAAGAUGAGGAGUGCAGGAUGGUGGAGAUUAAUGAAAAAGCUGAGGAUGAGAGAUGGUACUUUUGAUCAAGAGGCGUAGGAAGCUGAUGUAGAAAUUGCUGGAGGCUCUCUCAAUCGGAACAUCAAGAAAGCUAUACACCAAGGUUAGAAAGUUUUUUGCUUUUUUAAGUCUAACAUGAAAUAUGAAGGACAGGUUUUUUUGUUUUUUGGAGGCCAUAGCAUUUCUAGAGCUGUCCUAGCCCAAUUGAUUCUUUUUGGUUUCUUGUUGUAUGACAUGGUGAACAUGACACGCGGAUGACAGAGGUUUGGGCACUAGCUCUGCAUUCGGUGUUCUAGGAGCAGAACUGGAGAAACCAUUCUAAUCGAUCCUCGGUGAAUGCCUCCAUAUAUAGUUGGUCAUACAUACUUUUUGACAUGAUACACGAGUUUUGUUGGAACCUGUUGGAGCUGAUGCGACAUAAUUAGACGCACUUUUGAAUUCUA